CGACCGCUCCGGCGCCUCGCGCGUCCUUCCUCCCCCGCGUCGCGAAGCGCGCGUCGGCGAGCGCGAAGCGCGCGAUGCGCGUCAGCGCCUCCGUCUCCGACGAAGCGAAGCCCGAGGUCAUGAUCCGACGGCGCCCCCCGAACGGCGCGUCCGUGCACGAAGUCGGGACCGACCAGUUCGCGUUCAAGAUGGAGGCCGUCACCCCGGACGGCGAGCGCGUGGACAACGUGGACAACAAGCCGCGGAACAUCCUCGAGGAGAUCGUGUGGUAUAAAGACGUCGAGCUCGCGAAGCGGAAAGAAGCUUUCCCGCUGACGCUCGUGCGCACGGCGAUGCAAAACGCGCCGCCGGCGCGCGACUUCGUCGGCGCGAUCAAAACGCAGCGCGAGACCACGGGGCAGCCCGCGCUGAUCGCGGAGGUGAAGAAGGCGAGCCCGUCGAAAGGGGUCAUUCAGCCCAACUUUGACCCGGUGAAGAUCGCGAAGGCGUACGAAGCCGGCGGCGCCGCGUGCCUCUCCGUGCUCACGGAUGAGAAAUAUUUCCAAGGCGGGUUUGAAAACUUGGAGCUCAUCCGAUCCGCGGGCGUGGAGUGCCCGCUCCUGUGCAAGGAGUUCAUCGUCGACGCGUACCAAAUCUACCUCGCGCGCAAGUACGGCGCGGACGCGAUCCUGCUCAUCGCCGCGGUGCUUCCGAACCAAGACUUGACGUAUUUCCAAAAGAUCGCGAAAUCGUUGGGCAUGGCGGCGUUGAUAGAGGUGCACACCUACGAAGAGAUGGAGCGCGUGCUCAAGCUGGACGACAUCGACCUCCUCGGGAUCAACAACCGCGACCUCGGGACGUUCGAGGUGUCGUUGGACGUGACGGUGGAACUGCUGAGCGGACCGCUGGGGGAGCAAGUGCGGGCGCGCGGGAUCACGAUGGUCGGGGAGAGCGGCAUCUUUACGAUCGACGACGUGAACGUCUUGCAAGACGCGGGCGUGGGGUGCUUGCUCGUGGGGGAGUCGCUCGUGAAGCAGGAUACCCCGGACGUCGGGAUUAAGAAGCUAUACGGGAGGCCGCUGGAUUGAUCUGAUGUGAUCGAUCGACGAGGACGCGGGGAGGGAUUGGAUUGGAUUGAUUGAUAGACGCGAGGGCGGGCGGAAGCGGUGUUAAGUCGCGGAGUGUUAAGAGACUGGUGAGUCUAUUUAAUUACUCUCGUAAAAC